GUCAUCUUGAAUUGCAAGAUGGAUAGAGGGUUUUUUAUUUCUCAAUCCCAUUGGACUUGUUACCGAAGAAACUAUUUCCAGGUCACUGCUUCAUUUAUCGUUCCUGGUCAUACAGAUCAAAGUUGCUAUGCAUUGCAACUGUAUCCCGAUAAGCCAAUGCAACCUAUUCAACGAUUCUUUCUUCGUCUUAGAGCCUGUACUUCUAUCACCCCCACACCACCUUCAUCAACAGACGAAAUCAGUUCAUUAGAAAACUCUAGUGUUGUGAAGCCCAUUGCUCUGACUCAAAUGACACCUAAACGUGAUAAAGGACCACAAAGAGAACCCCCUGUUUUACCCAUUACCCCUUCCGAUAGUGCAUUUAGCAGCGAACAAGUUUGUGUCACCUUUGAACGAUUGCAGUUUCGUGUGGCCACUGCCAAUAAUGGGAAACGUAGAGCAUCGCAACAGUACUUUUGUCUGAUCUUUCAGCUGGUAGCUCAAUUAGAAGAUGCCACUCAACAUGUUGUGUCUGAAUGCUAUUCUUCACCAUUGGUUGUCAGAGGAAGAAGUCCAGGUCAUUAUAGCACAGAACCUCAAACAAAAGAUGUAAGAAAGAAAAAGAAGCUUGUUUCUCCUCAACAGGAAAUGUUGCCAUCACCUACAACUUCUGUCAGUCAACUUACUAAACCCUCACCUCCUCCUAUGGAUGCUUCACCUCAGUUUAUGGCCACUCAAUUUCAUGGUCGAUCUCAGAGUGCCAAUGACUCUGAUUUCUUUGCCAGAAACCGUCUUAAAUAUCAACGCCAUGACGAAGGCGGCUUGUUUGAUGAUUAUCAUGUAGGCAUCCAAAGUGCAUUAAGAAACUGGCAACAACAAGUGGCUCGUCAAAGAACGGAUUCAGGCACUACGUUUGAUGAUGCUUCUUCUUCUGCUUAUCUGUCUUCUGAAAAACAAACAAAGUCCAGUACGCCUGUUUCUUACCAUUCAGGUUAUUCACAACCUUCGAUGGCCAAUCAUUGGUCACCUCGUCAAACACAUUAUGUAGAAGAAGCCUCACCUAAAUUGUAUCAUCAUCACCACCACCAAUAA